CUGGACCGACGGGAGCGCUUUGGAUUAUUUCAAUUGGGCUCCGGGCUUCCCGACAUACGACCCUUGCGUGGUGGAGGGAUCUGACGGUUUGUGGAAAACAACAAAUUGCGGUGCCACCUAUUUUGGGAUCUGCUUGAAGGCCCAGCCAAAGUGUGAUUUUGGGUGGACACAAUUGGCCGAGACCAGCCAGUGCUAUUUGCCAGGCCAAGCCGCCACGCAUGACGACGCCCUCGCCGCGUGCCGGAAGAUGUACGCCAGGCUGACGUCGAUCCACACCAAGUCGGAGAAUGACUUCAUUAUGGCUCUAGCCCCGCCGUCCCCCGUCCAGCAGCAGUGCAAUCCGGAGGCGCCGUACGGAAUUUGGACUGGAGGUAUGGCGAUGAACGGGUACGAUUCGUGGGCCGACGGGACCGCAUUUUCUUAUCCGAAUCUUUAUGGAAAUGGAGAUCCGUCGAGCGGUGCGAUUUACCUAGCAGCCGAGCCAGGAUGCCCGGAUUUCGGGAAAUGGCGAGUAACCCCCUCGAAGAAUCUGACUUUGAGCUAUGUUUGCAAGAAAAACCCAAUCGAAAUACCUCCCCGUGCCGUUGAACAAUUUCUACGGUGCGGAGGAGGGGCGUCGAUGGAAGAUGGACAUAUACCGAUGGGACACCAUCUAUUUACGUCAACUGGGCUGCUUUCCAACCUUCAUCCGACAACUGCACGACAAUUGGCAUCGGUGGAUUAUGAUGCGCCUACCGUAGGGCCACCCACUCUGGCGCCAACAAUGGGCCCAAUUUCCUAUCAAUGCCCGACCGGCUGGAGCUACUUUGCGACUAGUGGAGCGUGUUAUUGGGUUGGAUCCAGCAAUACCUUGGAUGCGGCUAGGACUACCUGUAAGCAGGUCGGCUCGGACUUGGUGUCCAUUCAUAGCAGCGAGGAGAAUGGAUUCGUUUUGGGCCUCGCCUUCCGCUACACUCAAAACUGCACGAAGGGCAGCCCCUGGUGGUACUCGGUCUGGACUGGAGGAGUAGCCUCAAAUGGAUACAACUACUGGUCUGAUGGGACCCCGUUCACCUAUUCGAAUUUCUACGGUCAUGGCGAUCCAACGAGUGGAGCGAUUUAUCUAAUCACCCAAAGCGGCUGCACCGAUUUUUCGCAAUGGCGCAUCACCCCUUCGCAGACGGUGUCGCUGACCAACUUCGUCUGCAAAAA